AUGGACAGUAUAACCCUCGACCGCGUCGCUCUGGAGCAGCUCCACGGGGAGCAGAAAGCACUGCUAGAUACUAUAGAUGACAUGCGCAAGCACGGAGUCGGUCGCUUCGUUGAUCUGCCCCAGAUCAUUGUCGUGGGAGACCAGUCGUCGGGGAAAAGCUCAGUGCUGGAAGCAAUCUCCAGAGUUCGCUUCCCCGUCAAGGAUGGGCUUUGUACACGUUUCGCGACCGAGCUUGUACUUCGUACCGACACACAGGCAAAAGUUGAUGUUCGAAUCCAGAACACGACGGCUUCAUUGAGUCAACCUUCCCAAUUCAAAGAAUCAGGAUCCAGCCAGGACGAUUUGCCCGGAAUCAUCGAGGCCGCCAAGUCUCAGAUGCUCAGCGGUCUCGCCACCUUUUCCGAGGACGUUCUGCGAGUCGAGAUUAGUGGCCCAAAUGUGCCCCAUUUGACCCUUGUCGAUCUUCCCGGGUUCUAUCAUUCUGAGGAUGAGAAUCAGUCUGCUGCAGGCCGAGCGAUUGUGGACCGCCUGGUGGAAGGCUAUAUGGCUCGAAAGACCAGUAUCAUCCUGGCAAUCGUCUCCGCGAGGAACCAGGUGAUACUACAGCGAGUUUUGUCGAUGGUCAGGCACCAUGACCCGAACAAAACUCGGACGCUUGGCAUCAUUACCAAGCCGGACCUUCUGGUGCCUGGCUCCCAAGAUGAGGCCAGCUUCAUCAGCCUAGCCAAGAACAUAGAAAGAUCGCACACACUGUCACUUGGAUGGCACGUUCUACGCAAUCGCGGCGAGAAGGAAGAAUCUGAUUCUCACGCCGAGAGAGAUCAGAAAGAACAAGAGUUCUUCCAGACAGGUCUCUGGUCCAUUGUGCCAUCGAUCAACCGAGGGGUGGGGACGCUCCGCAAGAAGCUUAGUACCAUCCUACUUGAACACAUCAGAGGAAACCUUCAAGAACUCAUCCAGGCCUUACAGGAGCAGAUCAAUGAUCGCCAGAGCAGGCUCAAGCGUCUCGGUGAGUCUCGGUCAACACCACGAGAGCUCCGAGCCCAUCUAGACGGUAUUAUUUCCCAGUUUCAGAUUUUGUCGCUGAACGCGGUUGAUGGCAACUACGCCAAUGACUUCUUCGGCGGCUUAUACCCCCCUAGUGGACGUUCGUCCAUCACGGACAGCAGGAUCAGAAAGCUUCGUGCGCUUGUUCGAGAUCUGAACCGCGCAUUUGCUUAUGUUCUAUCGACCAAAGGCUCCCGGCGAUUGAUUAUAUACGAGGAUGAAGAAGAUGAAGAAGAUGAAGAAGAUGAAGAAGAUGAAGAAGAUGAAGAAGAUGACGAGGAUGACGAAGAUUACAAGGUCAACUCGCACGCAUCGGAUGUUGCACUGCCAUCUUUCCUGAAGGCACUAACCAGACACUACAACUUUGAUGAUCCAGAAAAGGUCACCUUCGCGUCUAUCACUCAAGAUCUCGCCUCACUCUCAUCUGCCAAUCAAGGCAACGAAUUCCCAGGAACAGCGAAUGACCGUCUAGCUGUGAAGCUUUUUCAAGACCAGUCUCAACCCUGGGAGGCAAUCGCGCGGCGACAUCUUGAGUUGAUGCUGCGUGUAACCCAAGAGUUCGUCGAGAAGCUUAUAGGCCACAUAACUGGACCUGAUCAGAAGACAAACUCUGCCAUUUUAUCAGAAAUUGUCGAUCCAUUCUUCGAGAAAACAUCUUCAGUACUAGAAAAGAAGUUGCAGGAGCUUCUUCGUCACUUUCGAAGCGGAUACCCACAGCCCUUGGACGCCGACUUUCGGUCGAUUCUGGCUAGUCGCCGGCGAAAGAACCUCACGUCUGAGGUGAUGCGAGACCUUGUCGCCAAGCGCCCUGAGUUAUUCACGGAAGAAGCGCGUCUUGAACUGGGAAGACUUCAAAUUCCCAGGCGCACGAGUGAUUUCGGAGUUGAGGGACUGAUUGAUAAAUCCGAAGCCUACUAUGAGAUGUCUCUGAGGACCUUCACGGACAACAUGAUCAUCCUGGCGAUCGAGAACUGCCUUAUUAGUAAGAUUCCCUUCAUAUUCACCACCGAGAAUGUGAACCAUAUGGGAGACAAAAGGCUUCAGCGACUGGCUGCAGAAUCGCCGGAAAUCCAAGUCGAACGGUCUGAGCUGGCAACCGAACUUGAAGCUCUCGGACAGGGUCUGCAACUCUGCAAUAAGUACAGAUCUCGUAGAACAACAGUCAUACCCUCGGUGCUGCUGGAGAUGGAAGCCCCGCCGUCGAUGAGCUCUUCAGAAUCAGGAGGUCGGCACGGCUCAGAAGGACCAGGGACAUCACCACGAAGCCUCUUCACUCCCCCAACACCGCCUACACAGCAAGCCAAAUCCAAUCCAUUAGCCAAUCGACCACCACCGUCUGCUUCUCUGUUCCAGUUUUCACCAGACCCGGCAGGACCUUUCGCCACGCCCAAUUCAUCCUUACGCGCGACGUCCACCAUCUCCGCCCCUAAGUCCACAAACCCUUUCAGUACCGAGGGUUUAUCUGCAGCCCGGCAGGCCGGAACUUCCUCUUCACCGUCUUUCAGCGUCCCUCCCGAAGCCACUUCUAGACCAAGUGGGAGCUUCUUCGGCGGUUGGCAGAAUCCGAGCAACUCCAAAACGUGUAAGUGCGGUGCAUCACCAUAA